AUGGCUUGUAAUGAUAUUGCUGUCGUGGGAUUGUCAUUUCGGCUGCCACAGGGAGUCGAAGAUGAAGAAGCCCUUUGGGAAGUGCUUCAAAACCAGCGCAAUUUGAUGACUGCCUGGCCUGAAACACGCUUGAACAUUGAGUCGUUCUUCGAUGCAGACCCUACAACAGAAAACAAGCUUCAUUCCCGAGGAGGUUACUCUCUCAAAGGUGACCCUGGCGUCUUUGAUGCGUCAUUCUUUUCCAUCAGCGCACAAGAAGCGGCCGCGAUGGACCCCCAACAGAGGUGGGCCCUGGAAACCUCGUAUCGUGCCCUAGAGAAUGCUGGAAUUCCAAUGCAAGAGAUCAAAGGUUCAAACACCGCUGUUUUUAGCUCUUCAUUUUCAGACGAUUACGCUAGGCUCUCUGGCAAAGACCCGGACAACUUUCCCAAAUCCUUUAUCACUAGCACUGCCCCCUCAGUGUUAGCCAAUAGCUUAAGUUGGUACUUCGACCUCAAAGGCCCGAGCAUACACGUGGAUACGGCUUGCCCAAGCAGUCUCGUGGCCCUGGAUCUGGCCUGCCAAUCCUUACGGAGCGGGGCCUCCUCAGCUGCUAUAGUUGUAGGAACUAGCUUCAUAUUCACCCCUGAAAGGUCUAUCCAAUUAGAUAAUCUAGGAUUUCUGUCCGAUGAUGGUAGGUGUUUCAGUUUCGACCACAGGGCGAAUGGGUACGGCAGGGGCGAGGGUGUAAUUUCGAUGAUCUUGAAACCUAUUCAAAGAGCGGUUGAAGCUGGAGACGUCAUUCGAGCAGUUAUCAGAGCAACCGGGACAAAUCAAGAUGGGAGAACUACGGGAUUGACGCAGCCACACGUGGAUUCGCAGGAGGCAUUGAUCCGAUCUGUCUAUGAACGAGCAGGCCUCUCGUUUGAUACGACUUGCUUUUUCGAAGCUCACGGCACUGGAACACGGCUAGGUGACUCAGCCGAAGUGGAAGCUAUCGGGAGGGUCUUUAAACAAUACCGAACAUCCGAAGAGCCCCUUUUAGUCGGAUCUAUCAAGACUAACUUGGGACAUCUCGAGGGCUGCAGUGGAAUCGCUGGUGUACUCAAAUCAAUAAUGGUUCUAGAGAGGGGGAUCAUACCGCCCAAUGCACUUUUCGAGAAGAUUCACCCAAAUAUCAAGCCCCAUGUUCACCGCAUUUCGGUUUCUACCAAAAGCAUUACUUGGCCGAGCCAAGGACCUCGGCGGGUGUCAAUCAAUUCAUUUGGCUUUGGCGGAACAAACUCGCAUACGGUUUUAGAUGAUGCAUACCACUAUAUCCUUUCCAAAGACAUAAAGGCAUUGGUGAAAACAAUUCGUAUAGAUAUUGGGCGGCCAUUGAUUGAAGCUGGGGGCGGUCUUUCUUCUGCGACCUUAGUCGAGGGCAAGCCCACGUUUCGAGAAAUUAACAGCACAGGAUUCAGAGUAGUGAAGUCACUGAAAAAGCCCAACACAAAUGGAACACAAUCAACCUCCAACGAGCGAGGGGAAACCGGCACACUGAAGUCUCACUCACUUCUAGUCUGGUCUGCAGCUGAUGAGAAAACCCUUAAAGAUAUACUCGAGAAAUACAGCACAUACUUUGAACCUCUUCGGCUAGAGGGCGUGGAAUCUAUCGAGAAACUUCCUUUUACCCUGGCUGCUAAGCGUACACAUUUGCCAUGGCGCUCAUUUUCGGUGGUUGACAACGACUUCGCAUCAAGCGAUAAAUCCUUUGAGACGGCGACAAGUCCUGUUUACUCAUCUCUUAUGAAAAUUGGGUUCAUCUUUACAGGGCAGGGCGCUCAAUAUGUCAACAUGGGAAUUGAUCUGAUUAAAUACCCUGUGUUCAAAGCAACAUUGCAACACGCAGACUUUGCGUACCGGGAACUCGGAUACAAACAAUCAAUCUUUGAUGCACUACGUGAUCAACAAACCAUAAACCUCCCAGAGAACAGUCAAAUUCUAUGUACAGCCCUUCAGAUAGCUCUAGUUGACCUUUUGAAGAGUUGGAGAGUAACUUCGACUUUAGUGGUCGGCCACUCUUCAGGGGAAAUAGCCGCCGCGCAUGCCGCAGGGGCUCUAUCAUUCCAAUCUGCAUGUAAAGUGUCUUAUCACCGUGGUCAGGCUGUACAAAAUCUUUGUUCUAGGCCAGACUAUGCAUCUGGGGAGAUGAUGUCCGUCAACCUCUCAGAAGAACAGGCCCGAGAAUAUCUAAAAGCAGUCAACAUUCAAACGGUCCAGGUUGCUUGUAUGAAUAGUCCAAUCAAUUCAACGCUCUCAGGAGACCAGAAGAGCAUCAAUGACCUGCAAGAUCGCCUUGAAACCGAUGGUAUAUUAGCUCGAGUCAUCAAGGCGGGGGUUGCUUACCAUUCACGUGCCAUGCAAUCCGCUGCUGCAGAUUACUUAUCCGCCAUUGGUACAUUAGACCCUGGAAAUCACAAUGAUCAGAGUCCGAUUACAAUGAUCUCUUCAGUGACCGGAAGGGUUGUGUCUCGGGAAACGCUUUGCCAGGCUCAGUACUGGGUUGACAAUCUAGUCCUUCCUGUUAGAUUUUUUGAUGCUCUUCAAUCCAUGAUCUCAUUGGAGACUGGAAGUAAGACGGAGAGGAUAUCAUCCUUGGGCCUUGUGGAGAUAGGACCGCACUGCGCCUUGCGGCGUCCUGUACAAGACACAUUGUCUUCUCUUCUUGGGAACAGGAUGUUUGAAUAUCGAGCUGUCUUGGAUAGAUCAAAGGCUGCUCUACAAACUAUGCUAAACCUCUUGGGUAGCUUAUUUUGCUGGGGAGUUCCUGUACAGCUCAUGACUGUCAAUGAGCUUCAUAACAUAGACACCCCUUUGCCAUUUUUCCUCAGCGUUCCUAAGUAUCCAUUCAACCAUUCGGCGUCUUACUGGGCGGAAUCACGGUUCAGUCGUGACUUCAGACUCCGAGAAAGCGUUACUAGCAGCUUGCUAGGUACUCCUGUCUCCGAUUGGAAUCCACUCGAACCUCGAUGGAGAAAAAUAUGGACCGUGGAUUCCUUUCCGUGGAUUGCGGAUCAUAUUAUUUCGGAAACUGUUCUUCUUCCCGGGAUGUGUAUGCUAGCAAUGGCAUUGGAGGCUGUAAGGCACAUUUCUCGGGACCGAACAAGCGUAACCGGCUACCACGUGAAAGAAGCCCAUUUUACGAGCGCAGUGGUUAUUCACAGUCCCCCGGAGGAGCUGACAGAAACAAUGCUUCAGCUGAGACCGAUCAAGAAGGUCGAUGAGAAGGAGACGGUCUGGUUUGAAGUCACCAUCUUCGCUCUUUCAAAAUGGCAAUGGUCUGACUGUUUCAGAGCCACAAUCAAGAUGCAAAAGGAAGAAAGAAUAAAAAAUAGUGUGAGUGACGGUUUGGAAAAACGACUCGCCCGUUUCCAGAGAAUACAAAGCUGCUUCCGGUCGCAGUACACCAACACGAAGCCGAUAAGCCGGGAGAGAUUAUAUAAAUUUUUUUCAGAGCAUGGCUACGAGUAUGGGGAUUCAUUUCAGCUACUGGAAAACACUUUAUGGGAUGGAAAAGACAGCGGAGCCUCUGGUAUUCAAGCAAAGGAAAGAACCAAUGGCUUGUUUCACCCGCCUGUUCUGGACGCAUCCCUGCAGCUUCUUAUUGCUCUUGACUCAAAGGCUGCCUCGUAUUCCACAGCCAUCAAUGUUCCUCAUCAGUUGUUUGAUGGUUGGGUCUCUGCUUCAGGAUGGCAGCAGUCGCAAUACUCCUCAGCGCAAUGUUUAGCAACUGCUCGGCAUGUACCUGGAGGGGUGGGAUUUGAAGGGAAUGCUCAAUUUAUAAUCGAUGAAGGGGAGCUCCUUUAUGAGUUUAAAAGGGUCGUGAUGAGGCCUAUCUCGAAACAGCCUGAUGUCGAUCAGUCAAUCGAGGAGAAGAUGCUAUACAGUAUUGAGUGGAAGGCACAGCUUAGUCUUCUGAGCCCCCAACAACUACACCACGCAUGCCACAACGGCGAUUCCGAGACAGACCUUGGAUUGAUCUGCGAUAAGCUUGAAUACGUUCUCAGCCACGCUCUGUAUAGAGCCUAUGAAUGGCUCUCUGGCGAGAGUCCUUCGAUGGUCCAGAACUCUCUAUAUGAUUACGCAUCGUGGAUUUCUCGUUACUCUGCUCCUCAUUUCUUUCACCAGUCUAGUAUUCUAGAGGACGUCGAUAUUGCGGCACGCUUUCAAGAAAUUGAGAUGUCGUAUCAUCCGUUUACACUUUUUUCAGUACUGGGUCGCAAUCUUAGAAAGAUUCUCUCCGGCAGCAUGAUUGCAUCAGAAUUUGCGUCGCAGAAAGGCAGGAUAGAUGACUUCUACGUCGGUAUUUAUCGGAGCCUUUCUGAUCAUAGAUUCCAAUCUGUCAUCGAACUACUAACACAUGAGAAUCCAAAUCUUAUAAUUGUGGAGUUAGGUGCAGCAGAUACUAUAUGGCCAGAUAUUGUCCUCUCUGCUCUACACAAUUUGGAACGGCGAACAGGAGCACACAAAUUUGUUGAGUAUGUCUAUACAGACAUUUCAGAAACAUCUCUUGAAACGAUGAGGCGGAGACUUAAGAGGUACGAUAGUCGAGUGAGAUUCCAGUUUUUGGACUUGGAUCACCCGACAUCUAAGCAAGGCUUCGAAUCGAGCACGUUUGACCUCGUACUCGCCUGCAGCGCUUCUCAUUCAAGAUUAAGUUCGAAGGUUCAGCUCUCCAAUAUCCGUUCAUUAUUGAAGCCUAGAGGACGCCUAAUCAAUGUUGCCAUGGUGUCUUCUGACAACAUGUUAGCGAGGUUCGCGUCUGGUUUGCUUCCCAGACUGUGGAGUUACGAUAUGACCGAAAGAGGGUGGGAUGAGCUUUUUAAAGACAACGGAUUCUCAGGCAACGACCUCGUCAUUCGUGAUUAUGAAAGUGAGGCAUGUCACCUCUUCAGCCUUAUGGUCUCAACAGCAAAAACUUUACCUAGGCCAGGCAUGCCCGUUGUCAUUCUGGUAGACCCGCAGUCUGAGCAUCAAAAGGCACUUGUAGACACAUUGGUUAUCCAACUCCUCGAGUUUUCUGAUCAUGUCACAAGUAUUGUUCCCUUUGAAGAGAUCCAAUCGGCCGCUCUCUCUGGAUCUGAAAUCGUCCUGUGUUUAGUUGAAUUAGGCAGUAUUGCACUUGCGGGGUUGUCCGAAGCGCAGUUCGAUUCAUUGAAGUUUCUGGUCAAGGGUACUCGUAAAUGUCUGUGGGUUAGUAUCGCUACUAUUGGCAGUGAUUAUUGUCCCUCCCAGUACCUAAUAGAAGGCCUUUUUAGGUCCCUACGGUCUGAAGACACGAACAGACAGUACAUCACACUAACCAUCGACCUUCCCACCAAGGAACUCAAGGUAGACACUCUGGCCGAACACAUAUUAGCAGUAUUCAGGGCGUCCUUUGAUCAUCAGUCGCCCGAGUCCGAGUAUAUUGUACGCAAUGGUCAAGUCUUGACCGGUCGCCUGCUACAAGAGAGGGCCCUCAGUGAGAAGAUACAGUCAUUCACUUCUAACCAGGUGGUGAAUGAGACCUGGCUUCCUGGCCCACCCCUAAAACUUGAAAUUGGUACUCCUGGUCUGUUGGAUUCCAUUCGUUUUGUUGAGGAUUCGAGUUUUCGAGUCGAACUGGCGCCCGAGGAGGUUGAAAUCGAGGCAAAAAUUUGGGGAGUAGCCUUCAGGGACAUUUUUGUUGCGCUUGGUCGCAUGGGAGGCGAUGACGUGGGAAUUGACUGCGCCGGUAUCAUCACACGGAUAGGAACAGGUUGCGGCGCAACAUCUUUAAAGCCUGGAGAUAGAGUCUGCAUGCUGUCGGGGGGCUGCAUGCGCUCAUUUCCACGCGCGCCCAAGGAGGCCGUAGCGAAGAUUCCGGACUCCAUGUCAUUUGAAGCUGCGGCUUCCAUUAUCAACCCUGCUUCAACGGCAUAUCAUUGCUUGCUCCAUAUAGCACGCUUGCAAGAAGGAGAAAGAAUUCUGAUUCACUCGGCAUCUGGAAGUACUGGCCAGCUUGCUAUAUGGAUCGCUAAGUCAGUCGGCGCUGAGAUAUUCGCCACUGUCGGUUUCGAAGACAAAAAGCGGUUCCUCAUUGAGAAUUUCGAUAUACCCGAAGACCACAUUUUCUACAGCAGAAACACGGAGUUUGCUCAAGGCGUGCUACGCAUGACUCAGGGUCGAGGGGUGGACGUGGUACUAAACUCAUUAUCGGGCGAUGGUUUGCUAGCUUCCCUGGAAUGUAUCGGUCAAUUCGGUCGUUUCAUUGAAAUCGGGAAAGCAGACAUCAUGGCAAGAUCCUCUCUGCCCAUGGCCAGCCUCGCAAAAAACAUCAGCUUCUGUGUUGUAGAUCUAUACCACUUAGCGGAGACGGAUACUGGCUUGUCCGGCCGCCUGGUACAAUGUGUCAUUGAUCUAAUGGCAAACAAAGUGAUACAACACCCAACACCUCUCCAUAUAUACAGUGUAUCAGAAGUCGAACUGGCGUUCAGGUAUCUUCAGAGUGGGAGAAAUAUUGGCCGCGUCCUAAUUACUAUCAAACCCACGGAUACAGUACAGAAAUACAUCGUCAAAAAAAGCAACUGGACGUUUGAUAAACGUGCAACGUAUCUAGUCUCCGGGGGUUUAGGUGGUAUAGGCAGAGCUAUUCUUCAGUGGUUAGCCUGCAAGGGUGCCAGAUAUAUCAUCGCACCAUCACGAUCUGGCGCAUCGUCGCCAGAUGCACGAGAAGUAAUCAGAUAUCUGAGGGCCCGCGGCAUUCAUGUUGAACGCCCACAAUGUGAUGUCUCUUCGUUGCAUUUACUCGAUUCUGUCUUGAAAAGCCUUGCUAAAAGGAUGCCUCCAAUUAAGGGAUGUAUCAACGCUACCAUGGUACUUCAGGACUCUGUGUUUGAGAACAUGGACUAUCACCAAUGGAAAUUAACCAUCAAAUCCAAAGCUGAGACUUCAUGGAAUCUCCAUCGAUUGCUUCCCCGUUCGUUGGAGUUUUUCAUCCAGCUUUCAUCGCUUUCAGGAAUCUAUGGAAGCAUCGCACAGUCUAGCUAUAGUGCUGCUUGUACCUUUCAAGAUGCGCUGGCCCGGCAUCGUGCCAAUCAAGGGGAAAGAGCCACGUCUCUCAACUUGGGCUGGAUGUUUGAAGCCGGGGUAAUAUCUGCAAAUAAUACCUACCAGCAACAGCGGGAGCGAUUAUGUGACAUGCGCAAGAUCAGCAAUGAUGAACUCUUUGCCCUGCUGGAUAUUUACUGUGAUCCAUUGCCCACCAGAUCCGAGUCGCAGCUCCUAGUGGGUGUAGUCACCUCUCUCCAGCAAAUCGCACAGGGACUUUCAACUCCUGGGCCUGCCCAACGUCGUCCGCUCUUUGCGGGGUUUUCAACGGCAUCUGCGGUCAUACAGGAUGAGGAGACAACCAAUACGGGCAGCAAGAAAGAUGCUACGAGCUUGUUCAAAGAAGCCAGGGAGCACGACAAUCGUGCCUCUAUUGUCAUCCAGGCGCUGAGUUACAGGCUAGCCAGGGCAUUAGCUAUACAUCAUGAUACUGUAGACAGCAGCCAGCCAUUGAGUUAUUAUGGGGUAGACUCUCUGACAGCUACGGAGUUACGUAGUUGGUUUCGUUCUAUUUUCAAAGCUGAAGUGGCUCUUUCUGGCAUUCUAGAACUAGGAACUACUGUUUCUACCAUUGGAGACUUAGUAGCUAAGAGGAGUAAACUUUAG